ACAGAGGCGCCCCUCUGCUUCAUCCGGGUCACGGCCUGUCCGCCGGUACCCCCAGUGUUCCCAGUCUGGCCCCCGGCCCCUGGCCUGUCCUUUGGUCUACUCCUGUCCUUGGUGUCCCUUUCCUCUUUCCUGAUUUCUUCAACCUCACUGACCACUGUUUUAGACUCUCCCUCCAGUUCCCAGCGGACGCUUCCAGACUCGAAGCUUUCCUAGGAAUGAGGGAAAAACGGAGGCGCAAGCACAAGUCAUGGGGCCCCCCCCACCCUAAUAAAGAGCACUUGCUCUAUCCGAGCAGCAAACUUCAUGCCAUGCGGCCAUCCCCUGGGCGCUACAGCGAGCUAGUUUCGGCCACUCCCUUGGAAUUCUCUCAUGCCAGCUGUGGAAUAAUGCCCACUGUCUGGCACUGCCCCGCCAAGGGUUCCUGCCUUCCCCAACUGUGGCUUCCAGAAAACAGUAGCGUUCGGUAGCAGCCCCCAACAGCGAGAUGCCGGGAGAGAGGGAGGCACCUGGGGGAGAGCACCAUUAGGGAGAGGCAGGAGGCAAGGAGGCCUCCAGGACUCUUCCCCAGUGCCCCUGGUUCCCGGAGCUGGGUAUGCCUCCAGGGUGAUUGGCAGCUCUUUGUUUCAGCCCCCCCUCACCGCCUGCCGGCCCCCCCUUCAACUCCCCCUUCCAGUCCCUCCGCCCCCCCGCUCCUGCUCUCCGCCUAGCCUUUUCCCCUCCCAGCCGCCUGCCUGCCAGGGGUAGUGAGCCGGCUGAGCGGCAUGGAGACGCAGGAACUUCGGGGGGCCCUGGCUCUUCUCCUCCUUUGCACUUUCACAUCUGCCAGUCAGGACCUGCAGGUGAUUGACCUGCUGACUGUGGGCGAGUCCCGGCAGAUGGUAGCUGUGGUGGAGAAGAUCCGGACAGCCCUGCUCACUGCUGGGGACAUCUAUCUCUUGUCCACCUUCCGCCUGCCCCCCAAGCAGGGUGGUGUCCUCUUCGGCCUCUACUCUCGCCAAGACAACACACGAUGGCUGGAGGCCUCUGUUGUGGGCAAGAUCAACAAAGUGUUGGUGCGGUACCAGCGGGAGGAUGGCAAAGUCCAUGCAGUGAACCUACAGCAAGCAGGCCUGGCUGACGGGCGCACACACACGGCUCUCCUGCGACUCCGAGGUCCGUCCAGACCCAGCCCUGCCCUGCAGCUCUAUGUGGACUGCAAACUGGGCGACCAGCAUGCUGGCCUUCCGGCCCUGGCCCCCAUUCCUCCAGCGGAAGUCAGUGGGCUGGAGAUUAGGACGGGACAGAAGGCUUAUUUGAGGAUGCAGGGCUUCGUGGAAUCUAUGAAAAUGAUUCUGGGCGGGUCCAUGGCCCGGGUCGGAGCCCUGAGUGAGUGUCCGUUCCAGGGGGAUGAGUCUAUCCACAGUGCAGUGACCAACGCACUCCACUCCAUCCUAGGGGAGCAGACCAAGGCGCUGGUCACCCAACUCACCCUCUUCAACCAGAUCCUGGUAGAGCUGCGGGAUGACAUCCGAGACCAGGUGAAAGAAAUGUCCCUGAUCCGAAACACCAUCAUGGAGUGUCAGGUGUGCGGCUUCCAUGAACAGCGUUCCCACUGCAGCCCCAACCCCUGCUUCCGAGGCGUGGACUGCAUGGAAGUGUACGAGUACCCCGGCUACCGCUGUGGGCCCUGCCCCCCUGGCCUACAGGGCAAUGGCACCCACUGCACAGACAUCAAUGAGUGUGCUCACGCGGACCCUUGUUUCCCGGGCUCCAGCUGUGUCAACACCAUGCCUGGCUUCCACUGCGAAGCCUGUCCCCGAGGCUACAAAGGCACACGGGUGUCUGGUGUGGGCAUCGACUAUGCCCGGGCUAGCAAACAGGUCUGCAACGAUAUUGAUGAAUGCAAUGAUGGUAACAAUGGUGGCUGCGACCCAAACUCCAUCUGCACCAAUACUGUGGGCUCUUUCAAGUGUGGUCCCUGUCGCUUGGGCUUCUUGGGCAACCAGAGCCAGGGCUGCUUCCCAGCCCGGACCUGCCACAGCCCGACCCACAGCCCCUGCCAUGUCCACGCGCACUGUCUCUUUGAACGCAAUGGUGCAGUGUCCUGCUCGUGUAAUGUGGGCUGGGCUGGGAACGGGAACGUGUGUGGGCCCGACACGGACAUCGAUGGCUACCCGGACCAGGCGCUGCCCUGCAUGGACAACAAUAAACACUGCAAGCAGGACAACUGCCUUCUGACACCCAACUCUGGGCAGGAAGAUGCUGAUAACGACGGUGUGGGGGACCAGUGUGAUGAUGAUGCUGACGGGGACGGGAUCAAGAAUGUUGAGGACAACUGCCGGCUGUUUCCCAACAAGGACCAGCAAAACUCAGAUACAGAUUCAUUUGGUGAUGCCUGUGACAACUGCCCCAACGUUCCCAACAAUGACCAGAAAGACACAGAUGGCAAUGGGGAAGGGGAUGCCUGUGACAACGACGUGGAUGGGGAUGGCAUCCCCAAUGGAUUGGACAAUUGCCCUAAAGUCCCCAACCCCCUGCAGACAGACAGGGAUGAGGACGGGGUGGGAGAUGCUUGCGACAGCUGCCCUGAAAUGAGCAAUCCCACCCAGACAGAUGCAGACAGCGACCUGGUGGGGGAUGUCUGUGACACCAAUGAAGACAGUGAUGGCGAUGGACAUCAGGACACUAAGGACAAUUGCCCGCAGCUGCCCAACAGCUCCCAGCUGGACUCAGACAAUGAUGGACUUGGAGAUGAGUGUGAUGGGGAUGAUGACAAUGAUGGUGUCCCAGAUUACGUGCCUCCUGGUCCUGAUAACUGUCGCCUGGUACCUAAUCCCAAUCAGAAGGACUCAGAUGGCAAUGGCGUUGGUGAUGUGUGUGAGGAUGAUUUUGACAAUGAUGCAGUAGUUGACCCCCUGGAUGUGUGCCCUGAAAGUGCAGAGGUAACCCUCACGGAUUUUCGGGCCUAUCAGACCGUCGUCCUGGAUCCUGAGGGUGACGCUCAGAUUGACCCAAACUGGGUCGUGCUCAACCAGGGCAUGGAAAUCGUUCAGACCAUGAACAGUGACCCCGGCCUGGCAGUUGGAUAUACAGCCUUCAAUGGUGUGGACUUUGAAGGCACCUUCCAUGUGAACACAGUGACUGAUGAUGACUACGCAGGCUUUCUCUUCAGCUAUCAGGACAGCGGCCGCUUCUACGUGGUCAUGUGGAAGCAAACGGAGCAGACCUACUGGCAGGCCACACCUUUCCGGGCUGUUGCCCAGCCCGGGCUACAGCUCAAGGCAGUGACAUCAGUGUCUGGCCCAGGCGAGCACCUCAGGAAUGCCCUGUGGCAUACAGGUCACACCCCUGAUCAGGUACGGCUGCUGUGGACUGACCCACGAAAUGUGGGCUGGCGUGACAAGACUUCCUACCGCUGGCAGCUGCUGCACCGGCCUCAAGUUGGCUACAUUCGGGUGAAGCUUUAUGAGGGUUCCCAGCUAGUGGCCGAUUCUGGGGUGAUCAUUGACACAUCCAUGCGAGGGGGGCGUCUUGGUGUAUUCUGCUUCUCCCAAGAAAACAUCAUUUGGUCCAAUCUCCAGUAUCGAUGCAAUGACACAGUGCCCGAGGACUUUGAGCCAUUCCGGAGGCAGCUGCUCCAGGAAAGAGUGUGAAGAGGUGGCCACCGGCUUCAGAAUCCUGAUUUUAGACCCUCAGGCCUUGGGGUCCAUCCUGGAGACCCUGGGGUCUAAUUUACAGCCCCUCAGCCAAACACAGAACCUCCUCUGGCACCCAUCAGUUCAGCCCCAGAGGGGUGGUGACCCCACUGUUCAGGACAUGAGAAGUUUUCGAGGGGUAUUUCUCAGGCAUUAACGCCAGGAAAGACAACAGCACGUUGCCAUAAAGUUCCAAUUGUUUUCUAA